AUUGGUGGAAUUGGUAGUAGUGGAAUAUCAAGUUCUCUAAGUGGUGCUCUUGGUGCCUCAUUGGGAGGUGGAAUUGGCGGUAGUGGAAUAUCCAGUUCCCUAAGUGGUGUCCUCGGUGCCUCAUUGGGAAGUGGAUUUGGUGGAAGUGGAAUAUCCAGUUCCCUGAGUGGUUCACUCGCUGCCUCAUUGAGAGGUGGACUUGGUGGGAAUGUGAUUGGAAGUGGUAUCGGUCAAUCAAUAACCAUCAGUUACAGUGCUUACAUCAGAUUGAUGUAUUAUGUGUCCGCUCUGCAACAAGCUUAUUACACUAGUAGCUUAAGAGCUGGAUUCGGAGGAUUUGGUAGUAUAAUUGGAGGUGGAUUAGGUGGUGGAUUUGGUUCUGGAUUUGGUAGUAUGAUUGGAGGUGGAUUAGGUGGUGGUUUCGGUUCUGGAUUUUCUGGUCAAUUUGGUGGUGGAUUCUCUGGUUUAGCUGGUAGAACUCGAUUCGGAGGUGUUGGUUCUGGAUUUUCUGGACAAUUCGGUGGUGGAUUCACAGGUUCAGCCGGUAGAACUGGAUUCAGAAGUGUUGGUAGUGGAUUUGCUGGCCGUUUCGGGGGAGGAUUUGCCGGACAGGUUAGAAGGUUUCGAGUAGGGACCGGGGGGUUAACAGGAAGUUUAGGCGGUAGAAUUGCUGGUGGAUUCGGAAAUACUUUCGCCAGAAGAACUAGUGGAUUUGGAAGUUCUAGCCUCUCAGGCUCCCUUCAAGGAAGUUUAAGAGCUGGCUUAGGUGGUAGAGCAUCAGGAAAAAUUGCUGCCUACUAA